UGAACAUUUUGAUCGUUGGUGUCGACGGAAUAGAAUCCAGUGCCAAUCAUGAAGUUCGUGCAAAGGUACAGUCGCGCGUUACCAACUAUUCGGCGGAAAUGGACUUCUUAGUGUUGCGAAAAGUGGCGUGUGAUACUCCAUCCCACGAAGUCCCAGUGCAAAAGUGGAAUAUACCUGCAUCAUAUCCUCUCGCAGACCCGCAUUUCUGCACGCCCGGUCGUAUCGAUAUGAUUAUUGGAGCAGGGUAUUUCUACUCACUAUUGUGUGACGGUAGAUAUAGUCUACCAAACAAAGGCGUGCUGGUCGAAAGUGUUUUCGGCUGGAUUAUGACCGGUGACAUUCCUGCUAUAUCGAGUGAUGCGGUUCGGUGCAAUGUGGUAGCCGUCCGUCCUACGAUCGAAGAACAAUUGGAGCGAUUCUGGAAGAUCGAGGAACUCCAGGUGAGCGAAUACUCUUUUGAUGAAAAGGAGUGUGAAAGGCAUUUUCAACAAACCGUUUCGCGUGAUGGAAGCGGCCGUUAUAUUGUUCAAAUGCCCAAGCAGCCCAACUUCAAGGAAAUAAUAGUGAAAGAGUUACAGUCGGCUAAAACGAUCCUGUUCCAUAUGGUGCAAAGAGAAGUGUUUUCAGACGAUAUUCGCGCUAUCACAAAGGGAAAGUGUCUAACAAAGAGCUCAUCCAUUCGAUUGUUGAAUCCAUUCCUCGAUUCUUGUGGAUUAUUACGCUAUCAGCUUGUUCAGAGAUAUGCCCAGGGUUUCUGGCACCGUUGGCGCAACGAGUAUGUGAAGUCGUUAAACGGUCAUCGCAACGUCAAACGGAGCAUUCAGGAGCUGAAUGUAGGUGAUUUGGUGAUAGUGAAAGACGAGCAAUUACCAGCAGUGAAGUGGCCUUUGGCGCGUAUAGUGGAAAAACAUCCUGGACCAGAUUCAGUGACACGUGUCGUGACUCUUCGUACAGCGAAUGGGAUCAUCAAACGUCCAGUUUCCAAAAUUUGUGCAUUGGAGUGUCAUCAGGAAGUGUAA